CUACUUCCGGGUCCGGGCUGUAAUACUUCCGCCGUGCUUCCGCCCUACACGUGUGUUUACAAGGGAGUGCAGACGGUUGACUGAAAAUCGUGAUAAAAACGGGGUUCAGGUGCGGUGAGACAUGGGGAAGUUAAACGUGGUGGUGUUACGGUAUUUGUCCCGGGAUGACUUCCGAGUCCUGACGGCGGUUGAGAUGGGAAUGAAGAACCAUGAGAUUGUUCCAGUGAGUCUCCUGUCCUCCAUCGCCAGCCUCAAACACGGGGGCUGCAACAAGAUCCUCAGGGAGCUCGUGAAACACAAACUUGUGACCUAUGAACGUACCAAGACUGUGCAGGGCUACAGGCUGAAUUAUGGAGGAUAUGACUACCUAGCCCUGAAGACCCUGUGCUCCAGAGAAGUGCUGAUGUCUGUUGGCAACCAGAUGGGCGUCGGAAAAGAGUCGGAUAUAUACAUUGUGGCAAGUCCAGAGGGGGAGCAGUACGCUCUGAAGCUCCACAGAUUGGGACGUACCUCCUUCAGGAACCUGAAGAACAAGAGAGAUUACCACAAACACAGGAAAAACAUGUCCUGGCUUUACCUGUCUCGCCUCUCUGCCAUGAAAGAGUUUGCCUACAUGAAGGCGUUGUAUGACCGAGGCUUUCCUGUUCCCAAGCCUGUGGACUACAACAGACAUGCUGUAGUGAUGGAACUCAUCAAUGGAUAUCCGCUAUGUCAGGUGCGUGAGCUGCAGGACCCACCAGCUCUGUACAACGAAGUCAUGGAGCUCAUAGUCAAAUUGGCCAAUCACGGCCUGAUUCAUGGAGACUUUAACGAGUUCAACCUCAUGUUGGACGAUCAGGACCACGUUACCAUGAUCGACUUCCCUCAGAUGGUGUCUACCUCACAUCCCAAUGCCGAAUGGUAUUUUGACCGAGAUGUCAAAUGUGUCAGAGAUUUCUUUGCCAAACGAUUCAAUUAUGAGAGUGAGCUCUACCCAACCUUCAAAGACAUCAGGCGGUCCUGCUCUUUAGACGUUGAAAUCUCAGCCAGCGGCUUCACCAAAGAUCUGGAGAGAGAUGCUGCUUUGCUGCACCCAGAUGGACCCGAGGGAGAGGAAGAUGAAGAGGAGGAGGAGGAAGAGGCAAGAGAAGAGGAAGUGUUGAAAGAAGAAGAUGAAGAGGAGGAGGAGGAGAGUGUGGACAUGGAAGAAUACAGACAUGCAGUGCUGGAGCUGGAGGGUCUGAAAGUCAGCGACACACACUCAGACACACAGGGAGAGACUGAGAGAGCGCCUGAGGCUCGGCUAGAUGAAGAGGGACAGGAGGACCUGCAGGAAGAGGUGAAGGAAGCAGAGGAUGUGUGUCCAGAGCUGGUGGACCUUUCUGCCUCCAACAGAGAGUUCAAACCUUUCAGAGAUUCAGACAGCCUUCUACAUGUGUCGGCGCACAGGAGGAGGACAGACAGCGAGGCCACACUGGGCAGCGUAGGGAGCUGCUCCACCAUACCACCAGAGGUUGUCCGUCAGAAGGUGCGGAGGCAGCUAAACAAGCAGCAGAAGGCAGCUCAGAGGAGACGGUUGCAGAAGGGAGAGGCCAACCUGGUGACCAAAGCCAGGAGAGAGAACCAAAGUAACAUCAAGUCUAGUUUGGAGAGUGCCUCCUUCUGGGGAUAAACGGCGCUACAGGGAAGAAACACUCAAGUGGGGAAAAAGGAAAACGUGUCAACAGGGGUUUUGUCUGCUUGGUUCCUCUGUUCCUUCAUCUGAAGUGAUGUAAACACCCAAUGAUUGAUGGCAGUGGAGAAAUCCCAGUAAGAGAGUACCCAUUCAACACUUCUGCACUAAUGUGGAACCGUGCAGAAGGAUGGCAAGAUGGACACAGCAGAGAACUCACCACAAUCAAUGCAAACUGUGUAUUUCUCUGCACUCACACAGCCCUCACGCUGGGUGGCUGAACUGCAGUGAACUGCCAUGCUCAACCUGCUGUGUAAAUGAGUACCACUCAUACUAAUCAGGCUGUACGAUGUACAAUAAAGCCUUGAUUAAACAUUGUUA